UCUCACUUUAGUGACACGGAGCCGUCGGGGUGAUGGCUGGGAGGCCUGUGCUGCACUACUGCAAUGCCCGGGGCCGCAUGGAGGCGGUGCGCUGGCUGCUGGCGGCCGCCGGGGUGCAGUUUGAAGAGAAGUUUUUAACGUCCGCGGAGGACCUGGACAGGUUAAGAAACGAUGGGAGCUUGAUGUUCCAGCAGGUGCCGAUGGUGGAGAUGGACGGCAUGAAGCUGGUGCAGACACGAGCCAUUCUCAACUACAUCGCCACCAAGUACAACCUCUACGGGAAAGACGCCAAGGAGCGAGCCCUGAUCGACAUGUACACCGAAGGCAUGGCAGAUCUGGGCGAGCUGAUCAUCACCCUCCCGGUGGGGCCUCCAGCACAGAGAAACGAGCGCAUCGCCUUGAUCAGAGACAGGGCAAAGGAUCGCUACUUGCCUGCCUUUGAAAGAGUGUUGAAGAACCAUGGGCAGGACUACCUCGUGGGCAACAGGCUGAGCAGGGCCGACAUCCACGUGGUGGAACUUCUCUACUACGUGGAGGAGCUGGACCCCAGCCUUCUGACCGGCUUCCCCCUGCUGCAGGCCUUGAAGACCAGGAUCAGCAACCUCCCCAACGUGAAGAAGUUCCUGCAGCCUGGCAGCCAGAGGAAGCCUCCUCUUGACGAGAAAGUUCUAGAAGAAGCAAGGAAGAUUUACAAGUUUUAGCAAAGCUGGCGUUGACCAAGCUGCUACAGAUGAAACUUGUGAAGUUUGCGGUGCUGGCGUGUUUCAUGCCUAUGCCGAACCUGGCUAUUUCAAGAAAAUAAAGUUUAAUAAAUUGGAUGCA